AUUGGGAGAAGACAGGGACCCCUAUGUGAGCGGGAUCUAUACUAAAUGUUAUGUUUUAUGGUGUGGGUUUCAGUGUGAAACAUCACUGGAACCAAGGAGUGGGGGUGUUCAUCGGGUGAAUGUACAGGAAGUAUUGGACAAUGAAUGCCAGGUACUCCAGUGCAGUGCAGGCAUGGUACCCAUAAAUAUUGGACUAAAUAUAUGUCUCAAAUGGCGGUAGGCGGGAGAACCCGAAUACAAUGAGAGGACAAUAGACCAUGACAACUUUUUUAAGUGAUUUUGGAGUGCGGCUGUCCAGUUCUCCUCAAGUCUAAAAAGUCUUCCAAAAAAGGCAAAAAAAAGAGGAUGGCCAAUGUGGUAUGCAUGUUAUUGAAAAUGAAAGAGAUUGCAGAGCAGACGGAAUUGGAGUGGUGUAAAGAUAGGACAGAAUUAUUAGGAAGGAUAGAAAAUGUGAGUAAAGAUAUUUCAGCUAUAGCUAUAGCUGCGAAUGCUGACACGAAUGUUUGUGAGUAUGAUGAAAUGAGGGAUGAGAUUGAACAAUUGGUAACUGAGAAUGGUUUGUUGGAGCAAGGAGUGGAUGAAUGGAAGGAAACAUGUAUGUUGAGGGAACAAUGUAUCGCAUCUUUAGAAAAGAAAGAGGCUGUGAAUGAAUCUGCGAUAGAAAUACUUAAGAGAGAGUUACAGGAAUGUAAAACUCAGCUAGUCCAAAAAGAUCAUGCCAUUCUAUCUUUGAAAGCACAGGCAAUGGAGAAAGUGCACAGCCAUUGUUGUGCUAACAAGGAUACACAGUCCAGUGUGACACAGGAGCAGGGAGAAGGGAUGCUGAUCGAACAGCAACCAGUAUAGUCAGCUGACAAUCCUGAAGCGCCCCCAGAUCAGAGUUUUUCUCUCUUUACUCCUGCGUCAGAAAGGACUUGGCCAGGAUCUGCAAUUAUAAAAAG